AGGACACUUUGAAAACAAACUGACCACCUCCUUCUUGUUGGCCGAACGUAGUCUUGCGAACUACGGAGACGGCAUUAGCCUGAAAUAGGUCUUAAUCACAAGAAAGACAGGUUAAGCCAUGGAAAAUAAUGUCGAUAAAGAAGAUGGGCGCUGGGAUCCUUCUUCGGGAAGCUACGAGAGCGGAUCAGGAGAUAGUGGACUCGAGAGGGCGUCAGGAACCGAAAUGGAUGAACAAAGGAAGCAGAAUUUAGCUUACCAAUAUCUAUGUCACUUGGAAGAAGCCAAAGUGUGGAUGGAAGCCUGUCUCAAAGAAGAUCUUCCUGAAACUACUGAACUAGAAGAAUAUAUGCGAAAUGGAGUCCACCUUGCGAAGCUAGGAAACUUCUUUGCACCAAAAGUCGUACCACACAGACGUAUCUUCGACAAAGAGCUGAAACAUUUCACGUCUAAAGGCCUUCAUUUUCGCCACACGGAUAAUAUAAACUACUUCCUACGAGCUCUUGAAGAUGUUGGACUCCCCAAGGUCUUUUAUCCUGAGACAACGGAUAUUUAUGACAAGAAGAAUAUGCCAAAACUCAUCUAUUGUGUGCAUGCAUUAAGUUUGUUCCUUUUUAAACUUGGAGUGGCACCACAAAUAGAGGACUUAUAUGGAAAGGCUGAAUUUACAGAGGAACAAAUCAGUGCUAUGCGCAAAGAGUUAGAAAAGUAUGGUCUACAACUGCCAGCUUUCAGCAAGAUUGGAGGAAUUCUUGAAAGUGAGCUUCCAGUUGAUGAAGCAGCAUUGCAUGCAGCUGUCAUUGCGAUCAAUGAAGCCAUUGACCAUCAAAGUUCUGCUGGAACAUUGGAAACCUUAAAGAAUCCCAAUGCACAUCUUGUAGAYAUUGAUGACACAAAUGUUGAUGAUUAUCAAAACUUUUUGUACAAUGCCAAAGAAACUAAAUCAAAACAAGCUCUUGCAAAGUCACCAGGKAGUGAUAAAGAGAUUGACAUCUAUGACAAAUAUCUUACGCAAGCUGAAAUACAAGGAAAUAUCAGCCAAGUCAACGACACAAUCAGAAAGAAGAAAAGAGAUGAGGCUUUGCAAAGAUCACUACAGGAAAUCAAUAGCCUAUUGGAUGGUGAUGAUGCUGAGGCAUUGUGUGCAGCCUUGUCUGAUAAAUCAGCCCAGUUGAGAAACGUUGACAGACAAAAUGCAACUUGGUAUCUCCAGAUGUUGAAGGAAAAAAGAAAAGUCAAACAAGUGACAUCUGAUGAUCCAAAUGCUCAGCUGAUCAAAGAGGAAGUACAAGAAACUGUAAACUCUGCCAACGAAGCAGCUGAUGCUAACAAGCAAAUGCUUGUAACUGUAGAAGCAAUCAACAAAAGUCUUGAUAAGGACAAUCAUGAGGAAACCCACCAAUUGCUUCAAAAGAGUGAAGCCAUGCUGCCAACAGUCCUUAAUAGAAGUGCAUUUCUAUACCAUAGUGAAUUAAAGAAGGAGAAAGCAAAGAAACAGAAUGACCUUGAUCAUAAUGAGAUGGUUCAAACUGUUACAGAGCUGACAGCUGCAGCUGCUAUAAAUGCCGCCAUUGACAAACAGAAUCCUGACGAGCUCAUGAAACACAUGCAGAAUCCMAAGGCACAUUUACAAACUGUGGAUGAAUCACUGGGAGGGCGUUACUUGGAUCAUUUUGUCUCUGUUAAACAAGAGAAAGGGCAGGUAUAUACUGACAUAUCCUAAGAUAUCAGUCCAUUGGAAUGCUUGAAUGACAUUGUGUAUGCAGUGGUAUUCAUUAUAAUGUGAUGUAGUUAUUUGGUUUGAAAACUAGUACUGUGGAAUAACUGAUUGACUGAUUG